UCAUUUCCACGUUCGUAUAUUUCCGAGAAAGCAGGUCACGUUACUGUGUACACCAAUCAGCCGUCAACGAGGAAAGUCAUGAACGCUACCCGGAUAUUUAAUGACAGCUACCAUUUGACAUAUAUAUCCACUGAGGCGUCCCCGUAACAAUCUCGUCAUCUCGCGUAAAACACGUGAUCAAGGUGUGACAAGUUUACAUUAUUAACGUAAGGUGGACAGAGGGACGGCUUAUCAAGCAACAUGGCCUUCUUUCGACAGCUCCGGCUGCUUAUGUGGAAGAAUUUCCUUCUACAACGUAAAAAGAUUUGUGUGACAGUCUUUGAAAUUGUUUUACCUCUCCUGUUUGGAGUGAUAUUCUUCAGCAUGAGAUUUCUGGUAGAUAUCAGACAUGAACCAGCACAAUCAUAUUACACCAGAGACGUGGCUCGACGAGUGUCGUACUACUGGUAUGGUGAUGUGACGGUUCUGUUCACACCUAACAAUACCCUCAUCAAUGGACUUAUUACGGAUAUUAACGGAACACUCCACAACCAUACCUCCACAUAUGCUUAUUCAAGUUUGCCUACGUUCAGAGGAUUUUCAUCGAGAAAAGAUAUGCUGGACUACUACAGUUACAAUUCUAAACAAGUUGGCUUUGCUGUUGAAUUUGAUAACGUUGCAAUGACAGACACGGUCCUACCCAAGACAUUGCGAUGUGCCAUUCGUCCAAAAGGGGACAGAUAUGGUGGUUGGCACACCACAGAGUCCACUCCCUUCGUGGCUUCUAGUGUUCCAAGAUCCCUUUACGGUCCAGAUUAUCAAGACUUUCUGGGUGUCCAGCGUCUUUUGCAUGAAGCCAUCAUCAAACAUUUCAACCCAAACUCAACUCCUAUACUGAACGAGCUUGAGGUUCAAAUGCUGCGAAUGCCAUACCCGCCCUACAUCGUUGACACUAUGAAUGCCCUGCUGCGGUACAUGUUUCCGGUCUUACUGAUGCUGAGCUUCAUCCUGAUGGCCAUCCAGACAACGAAGGGAGUUGUUUAUGAAAAGGAAAGAAAGCUGAAAGAAUCCAUGAAGCUGAUGGGUUUGAGUGCUUCAGCUCACUGGACGUCUUUGUUUCUGACCAGCUUUAUAUAUGUGUUGGUAAUCAUGGCCCUGUACGCUCUACUAUGUGGAGUAAAUGCAAGUGGAAAGGGGGCUGCUCUUGCCAAAUCAGAUCCCUCCCUGUUCUUUGUGUUCCUCCUCUGUUACGGCGUCUCCAUCAUCUCCUACUGCUUCAUGAUCAGCGUCUUCACUCAAAGGGCAAACAUCGGUGCGGCAAUCAGCGGGAUCGUGUUCUUCAUAUCCUACUGCCCGUACUUCUACCUGCAGAUCACAUACCAGACAAUGUCCAGGCCAGCUAAACUGGCUUCCUGUCUCCUGUUCAAUGUGGGAAUGGCGUUUGGUGCAAAUGUCAUAUCACUCUACGAAGGAGCUGGCUCGGGUGUGCAGUGGUCUAAUUUUCAUGAGCCCGCUACUGUGGAUGACAACUUCUCCCUGCUGGACGCAAUUUUGAUGUUGCUAGGCGACACGGCAAUCCACCUCCUCAUCACCUGGUAUAUGGACAAUGUCUGGCCAGGGGAGUUUGGUGUGCCGAAACCAUUCCAUUUCCCCUUCACCGCCUCUUAUUGGUGUGGAACUAAGCAGAGAAAUGCCGAUUAUUCAAGUAAUCAGCACUUGGAUGAGAAACACUUUGAGAAAGAACCAAGUGGCAUGAAAACUGGAAUAUCCAUCCUAAAUCUCAAAAAGGUUUUCGGCUCUGGGUCUAAGAAGAAGGUAGCUGUGGACGGGAUGAGUCUCAACAUGUUCGAGGGUCAGAUCUCUGUCCUCCUGGGUCACAACGGUGCUGGAAAAACUACAACUAUGUCUGUUCUUACAGGUUUCAUCCCUUCAUCUGGAGGCACCGCCAUUGUGAACGGUUACGACAUCAACAACGACAUCCAGAGUGUCCGGCAGAGUCUAGGUCUCUGUCCUCAACACAACAUCCUGUUUGACAGCUUGACUGUCCAGGAACAUCUCGAGUUCUUUGCCUGUUUGAAAGGUUGUCCGAGUAAUGCUGUUCAAUCUGAAGUUAUCACCAUGAUAAAUGAAGUUGGCUUGAGUCAGAAGAGAUUCACCCAGUCUCAGCAUCUAUCUGGAGGACAGAAGAGGAAGCUUUCUGUUGGCAUUGCUCUGAUUGGAGGAUCGAAGAUCGUGAUCUUGGACGAACCGACUUCCGGCAUGGAUCCUGCGGCCAGGAGACAGACAUGGGACAUCCUUCAGAGGAACAGACAGGGCCGGACCAUGCUGCUGACCACUCACUUCAUGGACGAGGCUGACCUUCUGGGUGACCGAAUCGCCAUAAUGACAGAAGGGGUGGUCAAGUGCUGUGGGACAUCAUACUUCCUAAAGAAACUCUAUGGAGCUGGCUACCACCUGGUGAUGGUGAAGGAACCCACCUGUCAGGUGCCGUCAGUGACCGCUGUUGUCCAGCGAUACGUCCCUACAGCAGUCAUGGAGAGUGAGAUCAAUGCUGAACUUUCCUACCUGUUGCCUGAUGACCAGUCAGUCAACUUUGCUGCUCUCUUCACGGAGAUUGAAAUCCACAGGGGGAAGCUUGGCAUAUCCAGUUUUGGCGCAAGUGCAACCACUAUGGAGGAAGUGUUUCUCAAAGCUGGCGAGGAGGAGCAAAAGGAGGAUGGAGAUGUCAAUGAAGACUACCCAACAGGAUCAAGAAACAAUUUGAUAUCUAACGGAACAAAUGGUUGGACCAAUGGCAAUUAUGAAAUGAGAGAAGCGGGAACGGCAGAUAUAUUAGCAUUCAAUCGGGGUUUCACUAAAACCAGAGGAAUAAUGUUGGAGCUGUCUCGCUUCAUAGGAAUGUUUGUAAAGAAGGCUCUUCACACAUGGAGGAAUAGGACCAUCACCAUUGUCCAGCUUCUGUUGCCAGUACUUUUUGCUAUUGCUGCUCUGGCAAUCAGCAAGGUAGACCCAGGGGAAGUAGUCGAGGUUCCGUUACCUCUAGACUUGGCACCAUUCAAAGGCACCUACGUCCCAUAUUUUUACGACCCAAACCAAAGAGGUCGAGAACAACUACCACAGCAAUUUGCACAGGCAUACCGUGAUCAGUUUGCGGGAACUGAAAACAUACCUGUGAUGAUAAAUCUGUCGACAUAUGAUGUGACAAGCUAUUUCUUAUCAAGAGCAAAAGAGCUUGGCAUCGGUGGCUACAACAAGAAAGUGAUCAUUGGUGCACAGUUCAAAUCUAGCAAAGAAGCAAUUGGUAUUUUUAAUGGACAACCUUACCACGGCCAGCCAAUAGCUUUGUCUUUCAUGAUGAACGCAAUCCUCAAACAUUUUACAUCUCAGGAUCAUUCCAUUACCACAAUCAACAACCCUCUUCCUCUUGAUGAUAAAGAGACAUCAGAUGAAAUAGAGGGACUUGCACUUACACUUGGCUUUUCUAUUGCUUUUUGUCUCCUGUUUGGUAUGGCCUUCCUAACUUCAUCCUUCGUGUAUUUCCUCAUCAAGGAGAGACAGGUUGGCGCCAAACAUCUUCAGAUUGUUAGUGGAGUUGGACCAUUUGUCUUCUGGUUGUCCAACCUGGCCUGGGACUACAUCAACUACCUGAUUCCAUCCCUGUUGUUGCUGGUUGUGUUUGCAGGAUUCCAGUCGCCAGCAUAUACAGAAGAUGGGAGAUUAGGCAUCGUGUUCCUCGUCCUGCUUGUGUAUGGUUUGGCAGUUCUGCCAUUCAUGUAUGCUCUUCAGAAUAUGUUCAAGUCCCCUCCUACCGGGGUGGUUGUCAUCAUCAUCUUGAAUAUUAUCACAGGUGCGGUAUUUAAGAAGGUACUUACAAUAAGAAGAGAUAGUGUCCAUAAAUGUAUGAGUGAGAGUAAUGGUGUUCCAUUUUAUCAUUUUAUGUUUUCUUUCUUCUUUCCAACAGGUCUUGCAACUCUGUUAUCAGUAUUUAUGAUGACCACCCUAGAUAAGAAACCCGAGGCUAACAUCGCAGAUUGGGUAUUUCUAGUAAUUUUCCCUCAUUACAAUUUUGGGAAGUCCUACAUGGAUAUGUACAGCAACUAUUUAUACCUUGACGGAUGUAUUAAGCAAAACUACACAUCACUUUGUGCAACACCACGGAGAAAUGGUUGCUGUAAAGAUUCCUGUGGUGAUUCCUGUUAUCCAUUCACUGAAAACUUCCUGGAUUGGGACUCUCCGGGUGUCGGACGCUAUGUUGUCUUCAUGCUGUUCCAGGGUAUAAUGUAUAUGUCUGUGACACUGUUCAUUGAGUAUCAGAUACCACAGAGAAUCUGGUAUGCCUUCAGACCACAGGAAACAGAAGUACCACAGCCCGGUGCACCGUCCUUCAGUCCAAUGCAACAAGUUCCAGAGGAUGGAGAUGUUCUCCGUGAGAGGCAACGCAUUGAUGAAUUUGCCAUUGGAGCUGGGAACUCAGAUGCACUAGUCCUGAAGGACGUUUACAAACGAUACGGGAACUUCGUUGCUGUUGAUCAUCUGAGUGUGGGCAUACCUGAGAAGGAGUGUUUUGGUCUCCUUGGACAAAACGGUGCAGGAAAGACAACCACUUUUAAAAUGAUAACUGGCGAUGUGAUGCUGACACAUGGAAAUGUUUUCUUGCGGUCCUUUAACAUCAAGAAUCACACGCAAAAGGUGCAGGAGAACAUGGGCUACUGUCCCCAGUUUGAUGCUCUGAUUGACCAGAUGACAGGACGAGAGACUCUCACCAUGUACGCCAGACUCAAGGGAGUGCCGGAGAGCUGCAUCAAAGGCGUUUGUGACAACCUUCUGGAUAUCAUGAUGCUCAGGCAGUAUUCAGACAAAGCAACAUCGGAGUACAGUGGUGGUAACAAGCGUAAGCUGAGCACCGCCAUCGCUCUGGUUGGAGACCCGGCCUUCAUCAUGCUGGAUGAGCCGUCCACAGGGAUGGACCCCAAGGCCAGGAGGCAGCUCUGGAACGUCCUGUCAAAGGUCCGGGAGUGCGGCAGGACCCUCGUGCUCACGUCUCACAGCAUGGAAGAAUGUGACGCUCUUUGUACAAGAAUUGCCAUUAUGGUGAAUGGAAGAUUCAUGUGUCUUGGAACACCACAACAUUUGAAGACCAAAUUCGGCCAGGGCUACACACUGAUAGCUCGGAUGAAAACAGUUGAAACUCAACCAGGAGUAUCAGAUGAAAGAGCUCCUGCCCCAACAGAACCGCUGGUGAACUUCAUCACAUCAUCCUAUCCCAACACCCACGUGUUCGACGACCACCAGGGCUAUGUUCACUUCCAAGUUCCUUACAACGCCGUCAGUCUCGCCCAGGUCUUCACACUGAUGGAACAAUCCAAGGUGCAGUUCUCUGUCGAGGACUAUUCAGUUCACCAAACUACCCUUGAACAAGUGUUCCUCUCAUUUACACGAUGGCAGAUUCCACCAAAGGAGGAUAAAACAAGCCUUUGCAAAAGAAUAUGUUGCUGCUGUUGAGGGAUUUUAGAAUAAGUGUACCUAUGAGGAAUAACAUCACAGUGGAAAAAUGUUAUCGUUACUAUUGUUACAACACAUCCGGUGUAGAGACUUGGUCAUGUGAUGCCUAAGUACUCAAGAUCUGGUCCAUGUCAUCUAAAUAAUCAUAAACCAAGCUGUAGGGUUUCUGAUGCAGAAAUGUUUUCCCUGGUAUAGCUAUUGACCAUCACUUGUCAUCAUUCUAUAUAUGCCGCCUUUAAAAUGUCGUUAAACGAUGGCAUCAAAUGUCAGGAUAACAAUUGUUCAUGGAUGUUGAGGACAGAAUCUCUUUUAUGAUAAAUGUGUUUAACGUCUAAAUAUAUAAUAAUACUAAUAUGCUAAUAGUCUAUAUACUAAUACAUUUCUAACAUAUUCUCUUAACACACGAAUAUGUCUCUGUAUGUUUAGGCAGCGGGUCGAAGGGAUGAUCCCUUUUUAGUUACUAUUAAGAAGCAGUAUGCAAUAACAACAUAUUCUGAUUAAUGUUGACAUUGACAUUUAAGAAUAAGAUCAGAGUUAGCAGAAAGAGUUGAAAUAAUGUUAAAUAGAUCAUCUGAAAACAAAGAUCUGAAAGUAAACAGGGAAAAUAUACUAUUUUCAAACUUUAAUGUUAAAUGACGUCAUCCCUCUCACAGCAUCACAAAAUAACAUUGUCAACAACUGUUCUUCAAUAAGAAACCAAUUGUACAUUCUAGUAAACUUAUACGUAAACGUAAACCUAUACAAAGUUAACUUCAGCUCCUUUCCCACAGUAUAACUGUUCUUAUAUUAUGUUGACAUUAAUGGACAUAUCAUGUUGGCGAUUCCUACACAGAACACUAUGACAUAUUAUGAUGAUUAUUUUUUAACCUCCUUUUGAUUUUUAAUGGUUUUACCCGCUUCGCGAACAGCGUUUAUCAUAAUAUUAGUUUGCAUGAUUUGUUUAUUAAUUGCUGGUCAUAAAAAAAACCCGUUCACAUACGCCUGUUGACAUCAUCUUUGUCUCGUGUGAAUUUUGAAUGCUUUACUUGUUCCACCAGCAAUUUUUAUCACAGAGUUGAAAAGUCCACACACUCAUAAAUGCUGCUUGUUGCAAAAUGAUAAUCUUGAAAUCAGUUUAGAUGUGUGAAGGAACAUGCUCAAUAAAAGAAUUUUUUGCAA